AUGGGAAUUCUCUUCAGUAAAAAGACAAAAGAACAUAAGGAGACCGAAGAAGAAAAAGAAGAACGAAUCAAAAAGGAAGAGCACUGUGGAAUUGGGAAGUUAUUUAAAGAAAAAGAAUUGAUGGAAUGUAUUGAAACAAUGAAAAAGACAUUAGAAGAAUGGAGUGGAUAUUCAAAACCAACAAUUAUAUUUGAUAGUGAUGAAAUGGAAUAUAAAGAACUUGGAGACAAAGUAAAAGGACGAUCUCAUUUAUAUUUUAUAAAUAUUUCAAAUGAUGGAACAGUAUUUGGAUAUUAUUGCAAUGAGUGUAUUAAAAAAAUUGAUCAAACAAUAAUUUUUCAAACAAAUACCAAUUUUAUUUUUCGGUUAGUUAAUCCAAAGGAUGUUAAUGAUAGUCCUAGAAGAUGGUAUUUUGAUUUACGUCCAGAACAUGAAGAUUAUGUUGAUUGUAUUAAAAUUUAUGAAAAUGAUGAACAUACGGUUUAUGAAGUAAAUUUUUGUGGAUUUAAAAUAGCAAAGAAAGGUACAAAUUUAAGUUAUUAUGAUCAUAUUGAAGAAUGUCAUUCACCAAAAGGUAUUGAUAAUGAUAGGAUAAAUUAUUAUAAAGAUGAAUGGACAAAAUCAAAUGAACAUUUUGAUACUGAACGAGUUAUAGUUGUUGAGAUGCAAUAA